CUAUGCCGUGCGGGGGAUCGGCGACCAGGCGGGACACCGGCGCGAGCGCGAGCCUGUCCGACAGCUGACGGCGGGAUGACAGCCCGAUGACGCCUGGCGACGCGCCGGCCUGACCCGACACCGAGCACACACCGAGCCGCAGGCCCCGCGCCCGAGCAGAGAUGCAAGGCAUCUGCGAGAACAUUCGCACGGCGAUCGAACACGGACGCACUGACAUUAUCAGGUCGAUCCUGGACGCGUGUGAGAACGGUAACGCCACGGAGGGCAUCACGAGGGACAAGAUUCUGAACCAACCGAUCUUGGAGGAAGGAACCUUCCUGUCGUACGCCUCCAAGACCAAUCAGGCGGACAUUGUGAGGACUCUCCUGAAUUGCGGCGCCAACCCGGCUGUGCAGAACGUCAGCGGACGUAAUGCGGUAGACGUUGCCUCGAGCGAUGCAAUACGACGUAUCUAUAUCGAGGAAAUGUUGAGGGCAACAGCCGCUUCUGAAGUAGACAGAGUAGUGCAGUUGCUAGAUGCAGGAUUAGACGUUAAUUCGUGGGACUCGCAGGGUAGUAAGAACACGCCGUUGCACUGGGCAGCAUGUUACGGGAACAAAGACGUUAUCGCGUGUUUACUUGAUAAGGGAGCUAAUGUAAACGCCGAGAAUGGCUGCGGUGCGACGCCGUUACACGACGCAGUGAACCGUGGCGAUAUUGCUAUCUGUCAGGAAUUGUUGCAGGCCGGCGCGAAUCCUCUCGUACGGGCUGCCAAAGGAACAUUUGCAGGGAAAACGCCGUACGAAUUGUCCAGGAAGAAGCAAUCUCUCCACUGCUUUCUUCAAAGAUUCCUAUCGAAUUUCAUGCUGAACGAGAGCGAGACGAUACACAGUGCCGCUCUGCCGUAUCCAGAUACAAACUAUUGCCAGGGUCUCACGUGCAAUAUGAGCCAACUGUCGGUCGAGUCCAACAAGUCCUCGGAUCCCGCGUAUGAUGUGCCUUCGCGUGACGCGGGCAAGGACAGUCCCAGCAAAUCUAUCACCGAUAAAGGAAGUGUCUAUAACUUGCUGUGGCCACAGCCGAAGACUGUGAACGAGUUGAAAAAUUUUACCGGCCCGUUUAUCGCUGGAAAGGAGCUUUUUAUAUCAAUAAUACAGGGCAGUGAAUCUGUACAUAAAAUACUAGAUGUGUGGGAGAUCAGCAGAACUCAUCUGCUGGAAUUGGGUCAUGAUGUAAAGAUUGGCGAAGUGCAACCAAGUUGCGGCAAGCUGCUCAACGAUAAUACGAUCGAGUGCGUCGUAAAUAGAAACCUUUUUAACAGCGCGGACAGCUAUCAGCUGCACAUUACGCACAACUGCAUCAAAGUGAGCGCCGGGAGUCUGGCGGGGUUGCACUACGCGGUCUGCACGUUCGUGCAGAUUCUGCGUCUGAGUAAGAAUCAGAGUAGGUCGGAAGUGUGCGAGAUAGAGCCCGUCUUUAUCAAAGACGAGCCGAGAUUCGCCCAUCGCGGUAUACUCUUGGACAUCUCUCCCAGAGGACGCGUACCGACCUUGGAAUACCUUUUACACAUUAUUGACCUGCUGUCGUCGUUUAAGAUCUCGCAUUUGCACCUCUACUCCAGGCUUGUACAAAAUUGCGACUGGCAGCUCUGCUACUCCAAGUCCGAGAUGGUGACUCUAGACCGAUAUUGCAGAGAUCGCCAUUUAGAUAUAGUUCCAACGUUGGACGUCGAUUCUAAUGUCAGCCAACAUCACCUGACGCAAAUGUGGCCUAUCUUCCAAGACUUGCUCGCAGUAUUUCCUAGCUUAAAUUACGUUCACGUAGGCCCGCGAUUAACCACUUUAUUAGUGCAAGCUGACAGCUUCGACUUGAGCGGGUCCGUUAACGAUACGCUCGAAACGGACAUGUCGGAAGUGUUCAAGUCUUACUCGUGCCUUCAAGAACUCUGGCAUAUUCUCAAUUUAAGCUCGAACACGACUCUGCUUUUAUGCUCCAAUAGUUUACAUUCCAAAUCCGAGUUUCACAAUAUUCCUACCAAUAUCGUGCUUGUUGAAUAUGGAUUUCAGGCCGAUUACGAUUUCUCCGAAUGGACGGAACCGUUCAGACUGGCGGGCGGUAAUGUUUUACCAAGCUCCGGCACGGCUAGUUACAAUAGUCUGGCGGGAUGUCCGGCGUCGACGUAUGCCAACACGAGAAACGCGAUAAAAACCUCCCUGGAGCAGAACUCUAUCGGUGUCGUUGUUGCGCACUGGUCGGGCAGUCAUCAUCUCACAGCGCAUCCUUUCGCGUGGAUCGGUUAUUUGGUAGCGGCUGGCUUAACUUGGAAUCCAACGACGGAAAUAGAUUUAGGGCCUGAUGAUAAUUACGACAUCCCUGAGCUGUCUGCAUCAAUUAGAGAAAGAUGCGUCACAAAGUUGUUGGACAUACACGUGUUCCAAGAUUCGGAGUAUAAAAUCGGCAACGCGAUACUGGAGCUGGGACGGAUAGACACGUUGGUGUUAACGUUGAGUAAAAAUCAAGCGGUCAAGGAUUUGCAGCAAAUACCAGAUAAUCGCGGCUCCACGUUGUAUAGACUACUGACCGACCCGGAUAACGUGAAUUUGGAGUAUCUUUCAGCCGAUCUGUUCGCUAAAAUGACGAAACAGAUUAAACGAAUAUCCCAUUCGUUGUACGAGGCGAACUUGUCCUCCAAGUUCGCGUCUAUGGAGAUGCAGGAAUUGCAAUUGACAUCCGACCUGAUGCUGACGGCCUGUAAAAUCGGCAGAACGCUGAUCGGGGUCGGUGUGAAUCCGAAUAGUAACAUGGGACUCGCGGUCAUCAAUCUAGGAGUAUGUAAUCUGCCGCCCACUUUCAGGACCGAUGUAGCGAACAAGAUGCUGGCUCAUAUAGAGCAGUAUAAAGGCUCCUGGCUGCAAAGGCACUUUCCACAGGGUCUCCAGGACUCCCUGCUAGUUUUGACUAACGCGCUGCAUAGGCUUGUGCCGGAGACAUAAUUCUUUUUUUUUUUUAGAAUACAAGAGACUUAGUUUGCAUCGAGCAAUAUAGAAAAUGCAAAUGUCUGA